UGCACUGAGAUUGAACAACAGGUGAGGGAGAAUGGAGGUGGGGAGAGGUUGUAUAGAGCCAAAGAAAAGGACACGCGACCCCCAGUGUUGGGGUCGCAUGUUUUGCUGCUGUGUGCCUAUGGUUAAGUCAAUGUUUGAGUGCGCGGUUCUUGCGGGUGGGUGAGUUGGAGGGUGCUUUCACGGGUUUAUGUCACGGUAGGCUGGUGAAUGUUCCAGUGGCAGCGAAAGGCGAUGGGUGUUGGUGGCAUCUUGCUCAUGCUUGUUGAAUAAAGGCAUGUGGCAGAUAGGCCUUUGGUAGAAAGGGUAGUGGAGAGAAAUGAAAGUGUUGGGGUGACGGCAGGACUUGAACCUGCAUUCCUUGCAGUCAACUUUUUGUCGGCAUAUGGGGCUAUCGUUGGCGCUACCACUAUCACGCCUCGUCACUAAGAGGUAGUGGAGAGAAAGAUGAAUAGGAAGGGUGUUGGGGUGAUGGCAGGACUUGAACCUGCACUCCUCCGGCCUGCCCAUGGACUUAUGGAGGCUACCAUUGGCGCUACCACUAUUGCACCUCACCAACCCAAAAGGUGGUGGAGAAGAGAAAAAGAAGGAAGGGUUGGGGUGACGGUGGGACUUGAACCCACAGUCCUCUGGCCAGUCCCGUCUGGGCUUAUGGAGGUCACCAUUGGCGUUGCCACUAUCGCGCUCGUCAUUCCAAAAAGCCAGUGCGGCUCUGGGCUUACGGGGUUGCGGUUGAUUGGCAUUACCACGGUGGCCACGUCAUCCUCCCUUCAGAUGUUAGAGGCCUAAUUAGUUUUAAACAGGGGCACCACGUGAAGGUUUAGGCCCGUGCCGGGUGUUCGCUGUGGUAGCAGAACUCCCCCUCGACUGACAUCCAUCGUCGAGGCCC